AUGGAAGAUUUAAAAUAUUUGCCUAGUCCAGUAGAAGAAGCAACUAUAAGAGUAUCUGCUGAAAAAUCUGCAACAGCAAGUUUGAUUCUGCCUAUGAUGGAACGGUUUAUCAAACACGACUUUGUGUCAAAGACUACUGAUAGCCCUCUGAUAAAGAAAGCAAAAGAUGCUAUAAAAACAGAUCUGAUGAAAAGGUAUCAGUCAGAAGAUGUGAGAAAACUUCUUGGAAUGGCAACAGUGCUUGAUCCUAGAUUCAAGAACAUGGUAUGGAUCAGUGAUGAACAGAUAGUUGUCUUUAAUACUUUGAUGACUGAAAUGUCUCAGGAACUUGAUAAAGUAAAGGUCAAGACAGAAUUUGACACUGAAAUAAUUGAAAGUGUAGCUCAAAGCACUGAGUCAGUUCAAUCUGAAAACCCAAAUGCAGAUGUAAUUGAUGUAAAGGAUGAACAUCUUAAUCUGGUGAAAAAACCAAAGUUAGAUGCUUCAGAUGAUGAUUUCUUUGAUAUUCUGUUUAUAAAAGAGGAGAAAAGUUCAGAAUCAAACCAAUCUGUAAUGAAAACAGAAAUAGAGAGAUAUAAAACAGAAACAGUGUCCAUGAAGCAAGAUCCUAUUGAAUGGUGGAAAAUAAAGAGAGAAAUUUAUCCUAACCUUUCAAUGUGUGCUUGUAAAUAUUUACACAUUCCUGCUACUAGUGUUCCUAGCGAAAGAGUUUUCUCCACAGCUGGAAACAUUUUGAAUAAGAAAAGAGGCCAGCUCACAGCUGAUAAUGUUGACAUGCUGAUAUUCCUGUACCAUAAUUACAAAAGGUGA